ACACACACACGCUCAUCAUCAAUUAUGUGGCCGUGCCGCCGACGACGGAUAAUGUAGUAGUGCCCGAAAUACGUAUCGCGCGUCGUUGUGUUUAUUGUGAAUAUCAUGUUAUGUUGUUGUUAUCGGCCACGCUAAUUGCCGUCCGUGUAUCGUUGUGCGACGGCGAUGUUAUUGUCCGAGCUACCGCGACAUUAGUGCCGCGAGCCGCCAUCGAAUUAUCGCGAUCGUCGCCGUCGUCGUCGUCGUCGUUGUUGUUAUUAUUAUUAUUAUUAUUAUGUAACGGAAUCGGAUCGCCGGACACUGCUGCUGGCGUCGUGCGCGAAACGGCGAGAGUGCGAAAUAAUAUCACUGUUCGCCGCAAAAACCGAACGAAAAAUAAUCACAUCCUUUGCAUUGACAACAACAAGUAGUUGACAACAUUCAACGAGAAAAAUAAAUCCAAAUAAAAUUCAAUUCUAGGUGGCUAAAGCGUAAUUGAAUGUAUGGUGUGUGCUGCAGACUGGAAGGCACCGUGGAUUCUAUACCACAGGGCCUAUUAGACGGCCGCCCUGCCAGUUCAGUGCUUCUCACUCAUCAUCAGUAUCAACAAUUACAACACAUACAAGCACAACAAGAACAAGCUGCUGCAGGAGGGUUAACAUUAACACUUCAUCAUCAAACUACAGGUACAGGAAAUAAUGGUGUACUCACAGGGGGACCUCAACUAGUUAUUGCAAGUUCUCAAGGACAAGGAAUAACCACUUUUCCAACUGUAACCACUCAACAAGGUGCAACGUUACAUCAACAUACGAGUUUUCAACAGGUGCUACAUCAACAUGUUCAGCACUCAAACAUUCUUCACUCAACAAGCAUACGACAGAUGGGUGCCCAGCAGCACACAUCUGGUACAAUGGUUCAACAACAACAGGCUACGGCAAUAUUGGACACCACAAACACAAAAUGUAUACCACAAUCACCUUCAUCACCAUUCUCUUCUCGAUCACUUACUCCCUCUCCUCAGCAGAGGGUUAUUACACCCCAACCACAAGUUAUCCAUCAGAUGAUGAGUGCUAAUGGGCCGGUUUUACAGUUUAUUCAGUCAAACAGUCGAAAUAAUGUAAAUAAUGUUCAAGUAAAAAAUAAACCGCCCCAAAUAUUACCUAAACCUAAUAAUCAUGUACAGAACCAUGCUAGUAUCAACAGCAUUAAGUCUCAACAAACACAUCAUUCAACCUCAAUACAUAGUCAACAACAAGGUGCUUUCUUGAUAAAUCAAAUUAUGCCAACUGCUGGUGUAAUAGUCGGUCCACAAACAACUAGUGGCCUACAGCUUUUUCUCAGAUCCCCCAAUACUCAAAAUCAUAAUACCCAACAAGCUCAAGUCACUUGCAAUGGUACUCAAAUUUUACUUCAACAGCCUAGACAACAGUCAAACCAGGUUGUGAGGUUAGUAAGUGGCCAAAGUGUUCAAUUACAGCAAAUCCAAACAUGUUCUGGUCCAGCUUUAGUUGCAUUAUCACCUCAAUCCACUAUCACACAAUCAUCAAAUAAUAGGUCAAUGAAUAUUAAAAAAAAGAAACCGAAAAUGCAUUCAAGGCCACACGAUGAUGAACCUGUAAGAUUAGACCUUGCAAAUCUAAUCAAACUAUCUGGUAUCGAUGAAGAAGAAUCUGGUACACCUACAAUGCAACAAAAUCAAUUAAAUCAAAAUAAUAGAAUACAGCAAACUCCUACCCCCCCUCCACAAUCUCAUCAUCAGUCUGCACCUUUAUUAGCUCAAUUGCAAACUCCUACUUCUUCAUCUCAGGGAGGUUUUCGUUUGUCUUUAGUAGAAGAUGGGCGUAUGAUUGUACAUCAACCACAGAUUACGACUAAUACACUAACUCAGAAUGUUUCUGCGAGUGUUGCUGCUGCAGCUCAAACACAGUUAGCUCAGUUAGUUGCUGAUCAUGGUGGUCACAUUCUUCAAAAUGCUGUUCUGAGUGUGGCUGGUGCUGAAUCUUUGCUUCUGAAAGGAAGCAAUGCAACGUUACCCACCCAACCACAAAAUGGUUCUGGCAUGCGUAUUUUAGCUGAUGUUUCUGGUCGUCUUCAAAUUGUCACUGUGUUAGAACCUCAAUCAUUACAACAAAAUAUUAUCAAUGGCCAACAUUUGAUGUUUCCCACUGCUGGUACUCCUGUUAGUGUUGAAAAUCGACAAAAUCAUCAGCAAUUUGUCAUGUCAACACCAGUAGAAGAUCAACAAAAUAAACUAAUGCAGCAAAAUAAUAGUAUUCGAGUAAUGCAUAGCAGUAGUACAAUGGUGUCAAGUUUAGACCAUCAACAGAAUAGUAGCAUUCAACUUGUUUCUAACAUGAUGGAUAGUCGGCUGUUAGUAGCAGCUAAUAAUGAUUCUUCAAGAAAUAAUGAUAUUUUAUUUAAUGAAGAACAAAACCGAUUGCAAAUAGUAACUAAUUCUUCUACAAUGAAUAAAAAUGUAGAUUUGCAAAAUCAAUCUCCAAUAAUUCAUACUUCAGAAAGAGUAAUGCAAACUUCAAUAUCAAGGUCUAAAACCAUACCAGUAUCAUCCCAUAGUCCUAGAAGUAUUCAAUCUGUGAUAAGUCCUCAAUGUAGCCCAGCUAUGUCCCAUAGUUCUAGAAGCAAUUCAAAGAGUCCUGCCUCCUAUAAUUCGCCUAUACCUUCCCCAAAUGUUUCUCAGUCAUUUACUCCAAUGUUGCCAAACCGGCCAAAUUUAACCAUUGUGACGUCACCACAGCAAAGCAACAUGCAGUUUUCAAAACCGUGUGCUGCCGUUAUAUCACAAUCAAAUGAUAAUCACAUGACAUUGUCGAAUUACCAAACGUCUGUAAUUAAUAGAACAAAUAACAGAAGUCCUUUAGCGGUUCCAUCAAAAAUAUUCAGGCCAAAUAGUCCACCUAAAGCGUCUGUUCCACUAGAAGUUCAAUCCCAAAAUGCGUUUUUAGAUAGUAUUGCCCAAUCUCAUCCAAAUAUAUUGAUCAAUAAGACUAUGGUUGUCCCACCAUGUGCAAAUAAAGCUCCUAUUAAACCAAGAAAAGUAAAAAGAGCUGCUGUUGUGAAGCCAAUGGUAUUUCAAUGUGAUGAAAAAGAGAAAGAACACCAUGAUACACCAGUUCCAUUGAAUUCACCAGAAAGUAGUAUUUCAAAUCAAAGGGUUAAAACUAUACAACUUACACCACAAAAACAACAGUUGUUAAAAGCAGUUCAAAAUCAAAUAUCUGCUCUGAGCGCAAAAAAAUACCGCACAAGUAGUGAGCAAACUGCUUUACAAAGAUUAUUUAAUGAACAACAGAAAAUUUUACAAUGUGGCAAAAUUGUUCCUACUAUUUCUGGACAAAAUUCACAAGGAAUUACCUAUGUAUCCACACCUGUGAGAUUGGUGCCUCCACCUUGUCCAAUGGCAUCAAGUCCACCUCAUACCUUGUCACCUCCCCUUACUGUACAUACAUCAACUAUUGCAUCUCCUCCAACUAGUAAUAAAUCAACAUCUCCUUUACAUGUACAAGUUGGAACUCAAACGUCUUGUGAACCUUCUCCUACUCUUCCUGCAUUCAGUGCUUCAAAACGAAUAUCGUUAAUUUCUGAGAGAAUAGCAGCUGAUCAAUCCGGUGCAACUAAUCCUGAUGUCGUCACACCAUUUAGUUCGGCAAGUGAUGCUGUAAAACGAUUAUCACGAUAUCAUUGCUUAAAUGAAGCAGUGUUAUCAGAAAGAGAUUUGGAGUUGGCUGAUGAAAUUUUUGAGUCAACUGCCAAACAAAUGUUAGAUAAAAAAGCAUCACUGUUUAACAAAUACCGUUACCUAUUAUUUAAAGAAAGCAUGAGGGAAGUGCAAACAUCUGAAUUGAUCAUGUUGGGGCGAAAAUUUGACGCUGACGAGUCUGCACAACUACAACAGUUAAAACAAAAUAUGAACACAAAUUCGGCUAAUACUUUAACGAGUUGUAGUGAUGAACAUGUAUCUAAAAAACGUGAACACCAACUGGAAGAUGAACAGUCUACAUCAGAAAACAAACGGCAUUGCCCUGAUGAUGAAGAAAUAAAUGCACAGGUGCAAAACGCCAUAGACAGUAUUUUGAAUUUGCAACGCAGCGAUCCGGCAACGGAUGAAGCGGUGCGCAGCAUUUUACCGUCCUAGCAUACUGGUCAUAGGAAAUGUUUGACCACAGCGUGAACAUUAAAAUAUUGGUUCCUCAGUGUACGGAUUUCCUAAACUUGAUUAUGGUAAUAUUUGACUGUGUUAAUUUAAUUUUUUCCUUUCUUUUUUAUAUAGAUAUUUUUCUUUAAAAUACCUUACACUUAAUGAAACAAAUGUUUAAGUAAAAAAAUAUGUUAAGAUAGAAAUUUAAGAUAGUGUAAGGAUGGGCUUCAACAAUUCUAUAAGAGAUUUGAAAAACCUAAGUAUAUCUUCUUGACAAUUAUGAUGUUACCAAAUUUUUAAUUUAAAUAAUUCUUUAUCUAGUCUACAAACAAGUUGUUGCAUCACAUAUGUUAUUAUGGGUUAUAUUUAUCAUUUUUCAUAGUUAAAAUAAUUGAAAAUUCAUUCAUGCAACUAAUGAACUUACUACAUUAGUUUGAGUUAUUUAGUUUUAUUUUUACCCUAUUAAUGAGUUAAAAAUAUAUUACCUCGUAUUGCGUUGUAUUAAUUCAUAACUUCCAGUCACUUUCUUACUUUAAAUCAUAUAUUGUAAAUUAUUACUAACGACAUUAUUGAAAACUAGUAAAAAUAACAAACAAUAUUUUAUUAUGUACAUCCAAUUUAUAAAAAAACUAAUAUGUGAUCAAGUACACAAAAUAGCUUCAAGAUUUAUUCAUAUAUUUCUUUCAACUUAUAUUUAUUUGAUAAAUAGACUCAAAAGAUAUAAGAUAUAAUCAUAUAAAGUUUCAUUUAAUAAUUUACAUAAGUUAUAUACAGAGUGAUUGCAAGCAUGCUUGCCCCUAUUUUUCCUUAAAUAUUUAAUUAACUUUUGGAUAUUUAAUUAGUUGUAUACCAUUUAAUGAAUGCCCUAUGGUGAUGUAAACUUAUUUUUUUUCCUAAUGAGUCCCAACAGUUUUAAUUAUAAAAUAUUGAACGAAUAAUUUUUUA